CAAAGGUAAAGCACGAGCCAAAGACAGAACUCAUUGAUGAGGGGCGUCCGCGGGAGGAAGGUAUUGGAUCUGGGACGAGACGGGAUCGAAAACGGCCAAUGAAGACGUUGGAUACAAAUCCAUAAAACAUCGACUACAACGAGAGCCAUUGCAUAAACAACACACCAUUUCUGCCAGGAAGGCACUCUUGCUGGAGACGGUCCCGCGCACGACACUCGUAGAUAUCGAUGGGGCGAAGCUUUCCAGUGCUUUCCCUUCUAUGUAUAGGGCCGCUUAUGGCAAGGAGAAUGAAGUUAACGCACGGCUGGGACGGGAGAUGCGCGUGGUGCGCGGGCUCGACGACUUUCUGGUGUUACCACUCGCUUAUCAACCGUACGCGCCCGCAAACCCUGGUGCACCUGGCCUCUGUCUGGGUGUCGGACCUGCCGAGAAUAGGUGGCCGAGCGUGAAACGCGUAUUCGUCGAGCAGCCCGGAGGUGAGUGUCUGUACGUCGGAGAGUACCGGAUGCACGCGUCGCUCCUUGGGAUCAGUUUCGCAGAAUGGAUGAAGGCGCCCGAGGAGUGGAAAAUGGCAUGGUGCCAAGCUGUCGUCAAGGAAGCUUGGGGCGCACCGCCUGUAGUACACGACUGGGUUCGCUGCUACCUCGGUGAAGUGCUUGAGGAUGAGUGCCAGCUCGACAUACUGGCCGAAAACCGGGACUACUAUCAGCAAACGCUCGAGGACAUCCAGUGGCGCGACGUGUAUCAGACGUACAACUGGGGCGGGUGUGGCUGGGAUUGUCAUGAUAUCGGUGUAUGGCGAAUGGAGUGCAUCGACUACGACGUGGAAUUCCAACGAUCGCUCGUUGAACACGCAAAUGUCAAAAAGGAAGAGAAUACUUAGGCAGUGAUCAUGCAUACGUACUCAUCACUGUCGAAGUUGAUGGCAAAAUCGUGCCAAUGAAUAUCUCUGUG